AUGGAUCUUUUGAUGGAGAAUGGAGAAUGCAAGGGCAUCAUCGCCUAUAAUCAAGAAGACGGAACGCUCCACCGCUUCAGGGCGCACCACACGGUUUUGGCCACCGGUGGUUAUGGACGUGCCUAUUUCAGCUGUACCUCCGCUCACACCUGCACAGGCGACGGUAUGGCUAUGGUUGCUCGUGCUGGCUUGCCAAACCAAGAUCUUGAAUUCGUUCAAUUCCACCCUACCGGUAUCUACGGUGCUGGCUGUCUCAUCACCGAAGGUUCCCGUGGUGAGGGUGGUUACCUCCUUAACUCCGAGGGAGAACGCUUCAUGGAACGAUAUGCGCCUACCGCUAAGGAUCUUGCCAGUCGAGACGUCGUCUCUCGAUCCAUGACGCUUGAGAUCCGUAACGGACGUGGUGUAGGUCCCGAGAAAGAUCACAUCUAUCUCCAACUCAGCCAUCUCCCUGCCGAAAUCCUGCAUGAGCGCCUUCCUGGUAUCUCCGAGACCGCUUCCAUCUUCGCUGGCGUCGAUGUUACCAAACAGCCAAUUCCAGUUCUGCCUACCGUUCACUACAACAUGGGCGGAAUACCCACCCGCUACACCGGUGAGGUUAUCACCAUUGAUGACAAGGGCAAUGACAAGAUUGUGCCUGGCCUUUAUGCUUGUGGAGAGGCCGCUUGUGUCUCUGUCCACGGUGCUAACCGACUCGGUGCCAAUUCUCUCCUUGAUCUUAUCGUGUUCGGACGCGCUGUCUCUCACACGAUCCGCGACAAGGCUACCCCGAACACUCCCCAUAAGGAAAUCAGCGCUGAUGCAGGCGCUGAUUCCAUCCGUGUCCUCGACGAAGUCAGAACUGCCGAGGGGCCAAAGUCCACCUUCGACAUCAGAAAUGCUAUGCAGAAAACUAUGCAGUCUGAUGUUAGCGUUUUCCGUACUCAGCAAAGUUUGGACGAAGGUGUGCAGAAAAUCACUGAGGUUGACCAAAUGUUCAGCCAAGUUGGAACCAAGGAUCGCAGUAUGAUCUGGAACUCCGACCUUGUGGAGACUCUUGAAUUGAGAAACUUGUUGACUUGCGCCACUCAAACCGCUGUCGCCGCUGCUAAUCGUAAGGAAUCCCGCGGUGCUCACGCCCGAGAGGAUUACCCCGAUCGUGAUGACGAGAACUGGAUGAAGCAUACUCUUACAUUCCAGAAAGAGCCGCAUGGAAAGGUCGACCUUACCUAUCGCGCUGUAACACAUACUACAUUGGACGAGAACGAGUGCAAACCCGUACCACCGUUCAAGCGCACAUAUUAG